AUGGACGGGUUCCGUAUAUUCACUUCAGAUAAUUACACAGAGGAUGACUUGGGCUCAGGUGACUAUGACUCCAUAAAGGAACCCUGUUUCCGGGAGGAAAAUGCCCAUUUCAACCGAAUCUUUCUGCCCACUGUCUACUCCAUCAUCUUCUUAACUGGCAUAGUGGGUAAUGGAUUGGUCAUCCUGGUCAUGGGUUACCAGAAGAAACUGAGAAGCAUGACGGACAAGUACAGACUGCACCUGUCUGUGGCAGACCUUCUCUUUGUCCUCACACUUCCCUUCUGGGCAGUUGAUGCCGUGGCAAACUGGUACUUUGGGAAGUUUCUGUGCAAGGCAGUCCAUGUCAUCUAUACUGUCAAUCUCUACAGCAGUGUGCUCAUCCUGGCCUUCAUCAGUCUGGACCGGUACCUGGCUAUCGUCCAUGCCACCAACAGUCAGAGGCCAAGGAAGCUAUUGGCUGAAAAAGUGGUCUAUGUCGGCGUCUGGAUACCUGCCCUCCUGUUGACUAUUCCUGAUUUCAUCUUUGCGAAUGUCAGGGAGGGGGAUGGGAGGUACAUCUGUGACCGCUUCUACCCCAAUGACCUGUGGUUAGUGGUGUUCCAGUUUCAGCACAUCAUGGUUGGCCUUAUCCUGCCGGGUAUUGUCAUCCUAUCUUGCUAUUGCAUCAUCAUCUCCAAGCUGUCCCACUCCAAGGGCUAUCAGAAGCGCAAAGCUCUCAAAACCACCGUUAUCCUCAUCCUGGCUUUCUUCGCCUGCUGGCUGCCAUACUACAUCGGGAUCAGCAUCGACUCCUUCAUCCUCCUGGAAAUCAUCCAGCAAGGGUGUGAGUUUGAGAGCACUGUGCACAAGUGGAUUUCCAUCACUGAGGCCCUUGCCUUUUUCCACUGUUGCCUGAAUCCUAUCCUCUACGCUUUCCUUGGAGCCAAAUUUAAAACCUCUGCCCAGCACGCACUCACCUCUGUGAGCAGAGGGUCCAGCCUAAAGAUCCUCUCCAAGGGAAAGCGGGGUGGACAUUCUUCUGUUUCAACCGAGUCAGAGUCUUCGAGUUUUCACUCCAGCUAA